AAAUACAAGAGAAGAGAAUCUUUAUUAAGAUUAAGCAACCUAUUCAGCCAUCAUUUUCUACAUUCUCUGUUUAGGGUGAGAACAAAAACAGCGGGCAUUGUAGAUGGCUUCAGAUUCUCCAACUUAGCUGCGUUUAAUUAAUCUAUUACAGUUUACGGCAUUUUUCUCGCCUAUGUUUGUUUGACUCAAACUCACUCACCAGCUUUUAGAUCAAAGUUUCUGAUUUUGGGUACCGUUGAUUAUUUUUGGUUCUGGGCAGUACUCAUGGCUAUGGUUCGAGAAGCGGUUGUUCGAAAUUCCGUGGGUGAACUGUUGAGUGCUGUUUUGGAAACGAAGGAAAGGGCGGUUAAAUUCAGAUCCACCCUGGAACACUUGGGAGGUACUCUGAAAGCAAUAGAACCAUUGGUUAACCAGAUAGAUGUUACAAACCAGCUAAUGGAUCGGCCAGCGGAGGAAACACAGAAGAUGAUAGAUCGGAUGAAGAGUGGGACGAAGCUUGUUCUAAAGUGCAAUAAAGUCAAGUGGUGGAAUUGCUGUUAUAAGGUCUAUUACCAAGAGGAGCUUGAAGCAUUGGAUGAGGAAAUUAAUAGGUUCUUUAAUUUAGAUAUGCAAGCUCGGAUAGCGAGGAGUAGCUUGGAGACCUUGGUGCAGGUGAAUGAGAUUCAUUCAGAAAUUAGAAAUUUUGUUCCGAAAAAGAUUGGGUUAAGGGGCGUGUGUUCGCCUCCUGAACCCCCUGCUUUUACUGUUGGCUUGGAAGUUCCUUUGAUGGAAUUGAAACUCAAGUUUCUGCGGGAGCAGCUUAGUGUCUCCGUGCUCACCAUCACCGGAAUAGGAGGUUCGGGGAAGUCAACGUUAGCUAAAGUCUUAUGUUCCGAUCAGGAAGUCAAAGGUAAAUUCAAGCAAAACAUCGUCUUCAUCACAUUUGGGAAAACGCCCAAGAUGAGUAGCAUAGCGCAGAGACUGUUUGAACACAAUGGUUACGCUGUACCAGAGUUUCAAAACGAUGAAGAUGCGGUUUUCCAAUUGGAACGUUUACUAAAAGAAAUUGGGAGAAGCCCAGUGUUGGUGGUCUUGGAUGACGUUUGGCCAGAAUCACUGUCACUUGUUGACAAUUUUUUGUUCCCAAUCCCAAACUACACGAUUUUAGUGACAUCAAGAUUCGCAAUGUCGAGAUUUGGCCCUCCAUAUGUGUUGAAACCCCUCAAUGAGGCUGAUGCUAUAGAUCUAUUUCGCCACGAAUCAUCCCUCGAUCAGACCACCUCCAACGUUCCCGAUGACGUUGUCAAACAGAUAGUGAGAGGGUGUGGCGGUUCUCCCUUGGCACUUGUAGUGAGUGGUAGAUCACUAAGUCAUCAACCACUCUUAGUCUGGCACAGUACGGCGAAGAAAUUGUCCACGGGCCAUUCAAUUCUCGAUUCUAGUAACGAUGUGCUUCAUAUUCUCCAAAACACCUUAAAUGCCUUGGAUUCUAAGGUCAUUGAGUGCUUUAGGAACCUAAGCUUAUUUCCUGAAGACCAUAGGAUCCCUGCUGCUGCCCUUGUUGAUAUGUGGGCACUGCAUGAUGAAGAUGAUGUCAGUGCAAUGGAGAAAAUCUAUGAGCUAGUCAACCUAAAUAUGGCUGAUAUUGUUGUCACAAGGAAUGUUGAAAGUGGCACAGUUGACUACAAUUACCACUUUGUCACACAAAAUGGUCUUCUUCGAGAUCUAGCUAUACUUCAAACAAGCCAGGAGCCAACAGAGAAGAUGAAUAGACUAAUUAUUGACAUAAGUGGAAACAAUCUUCCAUCAUGGUGGACUACACAGAAUGAGCAUCACAUUGCAGCCCGCAUAUUAUCCAUAUCAACUGAUGAAGAGUUUGCUUCAGAAUGGUGCAACUUGCAGCCGACUGAAGUUGAGGUUCUAGUGUUGAAUAUUCGACAAAAGAAGUUCACACUACCUAUGUUCAUGAAGAAAAUGAAUAAAUUAAAAGUCUUGAUAAUUACAAACUAUGACUUCUUUCAUGCUGAUUUAGAGAAUUUCGAGUUACUUGAUUGUCUACCUAGUCUUAAACGAAUCAGAUUAGAGAGGGUUUCAAUUCCUUUCCUUAGCAAGACAAGAGUGCCGCUGAAGAAUCUGCAGAAAUUCUCCUUUUCUAUGUGCAAUGUGAAUGAAGCAUUCAAAAAUAGAAGUGUUCAAAUUUCAGAUGUGCUGCCAAAUUUGGAGGAAAUAAACAUUGACUACUGUGAUAUGGUGGAAUUGCCAACCGGCUUCUCUAAUGUUGUGUUCUUAAAGAAUCUAAAUAUCAGAAACUGUCAUGAGCUUUCUGCACUUCCUGAUGAAAUUGGAAAUUUGGUCAAUUUGGAAUCACUAAGGCUUACUUCCUGUACUAGUUUAGUAGAAUUGCCAGACUCAAUCACAAGCCUUCAAAAACUAGAAUUUCUUGACAUCUCUGAUUGCACAAGCCUUAGUAAGUUACCUGAGAACAUGGGGGAGUUAAGUAAUUUAAAAGAGCUCAAUUGUAGAGGUUGUUUGGGAUUGAGCGAGCUUCCAUACUCAAUCACAGACCUUGAAGGUUUAUUGGUUGUGGUAUGUGAUGAAGAGACGGCUAUGUUAUGGGAUCCUUUAAGAACAAUCCUUCCUAAUCUAAGAAUUAGGGUGGCCCAAGUUGAUUUCAACUUAAAUUGGCUUUUAUAGUUUUGCAUCCCAACUCUUGAGUUUGGCAACACAAUUAAGAGGAACAAAAUAAGAAUAACUGUCGAGAAGCUAAGUAAAAGAACCUUGCACAUAGUUUGGGUCUGUUGUACAUAUUUUGCGAGGCAAAUAUCCUUCAAAAUUAUUAUGAGCUUGUAUUCUGAUUUUCUCUACAGUUUUAUAGUGAUUACCUUUGUAAUAGUAAGGUCUUUUUCUUGAUAUUUUAAAUAAGUUG